AUGGGCGUUACAGUAUCUCACACAGCAUUCUCGCCAUUAUCCAUGGUAUCGACGAUCGUCGGCUUUGUCUCGUUUACCUUCACACUUGCGACCUUACUAAAAGUCUCCUGGUCAAAUCUCAUGACUUUCCAAGCGGCUCCAAAAGAGAUCAAGGACACACUGUCGAGCCUGAAACAAGGUCUGCUGGAGGAGAGGAGACACUUGAGAAAAGUAAGAAGAAGACUGAAGAACGUGAGGAGAGAUCGCAGUCAUGGUCCUGGUGCCCGAAGCGAUUCCGAGGAAUACUAUGGUGGAUAUAGUGGUGGCAAGCAUGCGAACGGAGGUCGAAAGAAAAGUAGACGAGGAAGAGGGGGUAGCAGGAAGGAAACGAUGCAUUUUGACCGCGACAUUCAGAGGAUGAGAUCCAGUGGCGAAGAAGAGGCGUUGAGCGUGAUGCGUGUCACCGUCCGCGAUCUUAUUCAAACGUUCCGAGGUCUUGAGCAUCCGUUCUUCAAGCCUGAGUAUCAACCCCAAGACCCGGCGUGA